AUGGAGGAGCGGGAGCGGCGAGGGGCCGCGGGCAGGGCGGGGAGCCCCGGGAGCCCGCCCAGCCCGCGGCUGGACGUCAGCUCGGACCGCUUCGACCCGCUGCUGGCCCUGUACGCGCCGCGCCUGCCGCCCAUCCCCUACCCCAACGCGCCCUGCUUCAACAACCUGGCCGAGUACGAGAGCUUCCUCCGGCUGGGCGGCCGGGGCCGGGGCCGGGGCCGGGGCCGGGCGCGGGGUCAGGCUGCCCCCGGGGCUCCGGGCGCCCCCGGCCCAGCCCCCGGCCCCGCCUCGUCCGCCUCGGGCUCGACGCGCCGGACCUCCCGCCGCCGCGGAGCGCCCGCCCCGGACCCCGAGCGCAUCCAGCGGCUCCGCCGGCUCAUGGUGACCAAGGAGGAGCCGGACGCGGGGGCCAGCGGCCCGGGCAGCAGCGGCCGCCCCGGCCGCAGGAGGAAGGCGCCGCGCAACGUCCUCACCAGGAUGCCCCUGCAUGAGGGCAGCCCACUGGGUGAACUUCAUCGCUGCAUCCGAGAGGGGGUGAAGGUCAAUGUUCACAUUCGCACUUUCAAGGGGCUUCGGGGCGUCUGCUCUGGCUUCCUGGUUGCAUUUGACAAGUUCUGGAAUAUGGCACUUACUGAUGUGGACGAGACUUACAGAAAACCAGUUCUGGGCAAAGCAUUUGAACGUGAACCUCCUUUAACUCUCACCAGGCUGUUUGAUCGGCUCAAACUUCAGGAUUCCUCCAAAAAGGAAGCUGACUCCAGGUCGAUGGUUGAGGACUCCACAUUGUCUCGAUAUUCACAGACAUCUACUUGGAAGAUGGCCACGGUGUGGGGGAGAGAUGAUGAGGAUCGGGGAUCACAGAAACGUUCUCGUUCAGCACCUUCUUCGCUUCUGGCAGCUGGAAAGGAAAUUUCCAGGUCUGACCUGUCAGGCAGGACUACACGGACAGAGGGCUCUAGUGCAGGGGGUUCUAAUUCAAGGGGCCGGUCUCGUAAGAAAAGGCAGAAGCCCAAAGUGGAUUACCAGCAGGUAUUCACACGGCACAUUAACCAGAUAUUUAUCCGAGGAGAGAAUGUUCUACUUGUCCAUCUUGCCCAGUGAUCAUCUGAGCUUUGAGUAUUUUAUUUUUAGAAAUAAACCGCAUGAAUUGUAUUUGCACUGUGCUUCUUAGCAUCUCAGUGAAAAGCUAAUUUGGAAUGAUUCCCUCUGAUCUUGAAUGUAGAGGGGAAGGAACUCAGUCUAGGACCCUGUGGUAUAUCUGCUUGUCCACAAAGAUGGGGACAGCAUGGUACCACAUGAAGAAGACCGACCCUUUUUAGAAUGGGUGGCUGUUCAGAGGCAGAAGGCAUCAUUAUAAAAUAUAGAUCUAUUCAUUUAUACAUAGAUAUAAAUUAGAUGUGGUUUUGUGUGUUACUAUCAAUACUUGAGAUAAACUAGAAAAAUUAUGGCCUUUUUGACUCUACUAGGGUCAUGGUGUGUCUAUAAUUCACCACAGAUACCACAGCAUGAAAAGGGAAUCCAUUCUUAAAAUGGUGUGGUAUCUGUGGCGAAUAUUCAUGGAAUUUCUUUUUAACAGAUAGUGGUAUGAAUUGGGCUGCCAUCCCUGCACUGACUGCUGCAUUUUACGUUACAUCAUUGACCUUUCUGGACUUUCUCCUGAUCAGGGACUAGAAUUUAUAAACUCUAUUGAGCAUUCUUAACAUCCAUGGAGCCCACCAACUUGUAUUAAGGUGGGAUGUAUACAAGUGGUAUGUUAUAAACCCCCAGCAGUAAACGCACCAUAGUUGUCCCUGUUGUCAUUGUGAAUCCAGUAGCUUGAUUAAUUUGUUUACUGUCCUGAUAAAGUUAGUUACCACAUAUGGUGGACCAGAUGGGAAUUGUGUCCUGUCUUCUUGUCCUUUUCCUGUCUCUGACUUGUGUGGCAUGCUGUUGGUGCAUGAGCUGGUGUGGCAUGGCGUCUAGUACAGUAUGAGUUGUUGUGAGCUGUGUGGCAUUUGUGGUGCCAUGGAAAUUGCUAUGCUUAAUUUAGCUUGUGAGUUCAGCAUGAACUCAGUAACAUAUACAUACCUUAACUGCUACAACUCCCUCUCCUGGAGUGGGGAACAAAGGGUGCUUUUUAGUUUGGUUCUAAUGUGAAAUGGGGAGAUUUUUUUCCCGUCGUAUCUGGCCAAAGAGGCUUUUGCAAGCUGUGAUGAUAGGCAGUGUUCACGUCAGAGGGACGUUGUAGCCCAAGAUAUGGUACGUGCAACAAGAACACCGUGGAUAUGUGACUUCCAGCAAACCUGUUGUGCUUCUACUGUAAUGAUUCUUUGCUCUUUAACUCAGCCAGUGCAGAAAAGGCUACAUCCUGAAACAGACUGUUAGGCAAUACUUGACUAUUUUUGGGUUGACUGUUUUCUUUUCUUUUUUUUUUCUUUUUUCCUACAGCAAGAGUUAAUUUUUGUGCAGAAUGAGAAUAAGCUCACUAUAUGGUUAGUUGCUCAAGUAUAUGGAAGAAAAAGUGCUGCGUAACUUGUGGCAGAAACCCUUAGAGAAGGAGGGGGAGCUCAGGUAUAGAAAGCUGACUUGGGUCCUGCUGCUUUUUCAUCUUGUGACUGUAGGUAAGUCAGUGUAACCCCUUGCUGCCUCAGUCCCCAUCAGUCAAAUGGGGAGAUAAGACACCUACCUCACAGGGGUAUUGGGAAGAAGAACCUGAAAAGCAUUUUGAAGACAAAGUGUGUUAUUUAAGUGCCAGGUAUGGUUUUACUAACUCUUCCCUAGCUUUUUAAGGUUUCAUUAUCUUGUGGUAAAGGCAGGUGCUAUGUAAGAUAGUCAUUAUUUGUCAUUAGGGAUAUAUGUGAUUUUUCCCAUAAUUUUAAAACCAAAAGACUAUCAGGUUCUUAGGAACCAUUUUAUAGGAAGGUCUGUGUUCCAUUCUCAACUUCUAAGGAGUAAUUGUAUUCCUUAGGAAAAUACCACAUAUGUGAAGAUGAUGGCAAUUUGGGAAUCACUCGCUCCUUAUCCCUCCCCGUUCUUUGUCUUUUCCUUUGGUAUUUACAAAGAAUCUGCCUUGGACUAUUCUAGGGGGUUAUAGUGCCAACAAAAGAACAAGUCCCUAAAAGUGCCUCAACUUCAAAAGGAAAAUCAUGGGGAGCUUUUUACUUUAAUUUUAAAAUAAUUUUUAAGUAACUACUUCUAGAACCUAAUUAUAGAUGCUAGAGUUAGAAAAUUCCCCUUUGAAACUUGAAAAAAUUAGUGGAUUCAGUUUUGUGAUACUUAAAAUAUUUUUCCGAUAGAGUUAAGUCUUUAAAUUUUUUAUUGGGGAGGGUAUAUGUGGCAACAUGGGCAUCAGCCCCAACUAACAAUAUCACCAUUUCAGCUCUCCCCGCCUUUGCCCCCAGGCUAAAAACUAUAGCAAAUGCUCACUUUCCCAGAAAAACAUAUCCUAGGAAAAUAACCAAAGGGACUUAGGAAAAACAUGUUUAAUUUUCACUAGUCAUGCUGACUGAUUUCCAUUAGACAUAGCCUAAUUUUUUUUAAAUGGUAAAUAAUUUCAUGGUUGCAUCUAAAGUGUACAGGUUACUCCUUGUGUGCAGGAGUUCACCACUUUUCCAUCCAGUUUCAGAACCCUGUUCAUCUGAAUGUAUUUUAUAAGUUGUAUAUGAUUCAUCAUACUUGAUCAUAUACAUCAUGACUGUCUUCUUGGCUGUGGCUUCAGUGUUAAUUCUGCAAUGAUUACUGUCUAGACAGUAAAAAAAAAAACUAUAAGAUGGUAUUGUGUUGAAAACUUCACA